AUGCAGCCAGCAGCAAACAACACCAUCCCUACUGGACCCCCACCAGCUUACACACCAACUGCCCCCCCAAGCCACGAACCCCCACUUCCCCCCUAUUCAGGACCGACACCCUACUCGUAUCAAUCUGGACAGUCCUCCUCGACUUCUGCUGCUCCAGGCUAUCGAAUGCCCACCACAGGAUUUAAAUAUAACUACCCAAAUUAUAGUUCUACUACCACCACUACAAACCAGCAAACGACUGUAUACACUAGCCAACCUGUGCCACCCUUCCACCAGCAGCAGCAGCGAGUCCUCGUGACGGCCCCCAUCGUACCAGCUGACCAGUCCAUUAUCAUUGUCGGGGGGUGUCCAGUUUGUAGGAUCGGAGUGCUUCAGGACGAUUUCACCUGUCUGGGUGUGUGCUGCGCCAUUGUCUUCUUCCCGAUGGGACUACUUUUCUGUCUGCUGUUCAGAGAGAGAAGAUGCAACAACUGCGGGGCCGUUUUUGGAUGA